AUGGUUGGUUCAAAGCAAGCUUUUGAGGUGCCUUUAGCAGAUGUCUCUCAAACAAACCUUCAAGGGAAAAAUGAUGUGAUAUUGAGUUUCAUGUGGAUGACACAACUGGAGCCAAUGAGAAAGAUUCAUUGA